AUGAGUCCUUUGUGUGCUUUGGGUGCUGAAUGGUCUGAUCUUUUCCAAGAUGAUUUGUAUCCAGAUACCGCUGGCCCAGAACCUCCUAUGGAGGCAGAAGACUGGGUAGCUGGCCGCGAUGCAAUGCCCCUGCUCAUCUCCUUGAAAGACGGCUAUGUUCCCAGCAAGCAGCGGGAUCUGAAAGUUACUCGCAAGAAUGUCCUGAGUACCGCGACAGCUUCAUCAGCAUCUGCAGCCAGCAGUGGUGCGGCAAAGAGCUCCGGUAGCACCCAUCUAUCUGCAGCAGCUUCUCACCCCGCAGGGAUACCUACAAUACACCAUCCGGAUGACAAAAAGGUGGAGGAGCUGAUUGAAGAAGUUCGUGCUCUGAAGCUUGUCGUGCAGGCUCAGGGAAAGAGAAUUGCCAAACUGGAGGAGCAGCUGGCACGCAUUGAAGAUGGCGAUGUCUAGAGUGGGCGGGGAUGGGGGGGGAGGAGAAAUGAGCAAAAGAGGGUGUGGCCCUAGAGUGGGGGCUGUUUUUGAGAAAUCCAACCCAUUUUUUUUGCGCCUCUUGUCAUCUCUUGACAAACUGCCUUGUGGUGAACUUUGUGUCCCUUUAAGCAUUUCCUUUCUGAGGGCUAACCCUUGUAAAUCAGAGAAUCGUAAAUCCCAACUUGAUUCCACUUUGUUGCCUUUUUUUUUUCUCUCUCUCUUUCGUUUCUCUCAAUGACGUAAGCUUUAGCGUUUUGCCAGUCAGUCAUUUCAGUUAACGGUACAAUAGUGUGCGAACAAAAGCCUCCUUUUUAGUGCAAAGAAAGUGAAUUUCACACUUCUGGUGGAUUUUUGAUGACCAAAAGGACAGAACCAUCCUAGCAGCAGCUGUGCAGAAACAAAAUUCCAAUACUAACAUAAACUGCAGUUGGCGGCUAGAAAAGUGAGAGAGAUUUCGUUGUCUUAACCGAUUACUCAGCUUGUGGGUCGAUAUUCCUUAUAUUUCUCGGCCUCUCCCCUCACAGUUAAAGUUUUUUUUUUUGUGUUUUAUUUUCAGGGACAUUUUUUGCACAGCUCUCCAGGUUAAGAAGGGUCAAUCAUCUAAUGAAAAGCCAUGCUUAAUUACAGAUUUUGCAUUCUACAGCUUUCUCAAUUAUAAAAUAUAUAUAAAUAUAUAUAUAUAAAUAUUAUGAUCAUACUUGAGUGUAUAUGAUAUUGUAUAAUACACAGACCCAUCCAUCCUCACAGAUAUAUAUUAGUCUUUAUAAAUAUACAACUAACAGAUAUAAAGAUAUUUGUAUUUAACAUUUUUCAUUAUAUGUGCUUUAAACUCUUAAAAAAAAAAUGUUGAAUUUAUUUUUCUUUUUAUUAACAUUUCUUGUAAAGUUUACAGUAGCUGAAAGCCUAAUAAGCAUAUCCAUUUUUGUUUAUUUCUUCAUAUAUUGUACUGGGCAUUAGUACAUUCUUAAAUGGUUUUAUUUCUGUACAUUUGUCUCCAGCAGAACAUCACAUUCGUUUACUUGUGAGCCAUUUAGGUUUAUUAAAUGGUAUCAUUCUCCUUUUUUUUUUCUGCUCUUCACAUACACUCUACAGCAUCCUGUAUUGCAAAUUUCAGAUCCCAGGUCUUUUUGUGGUGUUUGGUUUGUCCCAGUCUUCCUUCCUGUUUCAUUAUUCCACCACUCCCAACCCCAGCAACACCACCAACUGUCGGGGUUAUCAUUUAUCCUUUGAGAGGAUAAAUUGAUCUGUAAGUCUGUGAGCAGCAGGGGGCGCCAAACCAUUGCACAGAAGGGAAAUGGACCAAAUCAAAGACCAGACUUUUCAGUGCUUUCAUUCCUAUAGGCUGACGAGCAUUCCUGCAUAAUUAGUAGAUGUUGUUAUAUAGUAACAUUUUUGUUUUAAAGAUAUAUAUAUUUCUAGAGCUAACUUUUUUUGUAUUCAUCUUUUCACCACUUUUAAUUUUUUGAGCACGUCUUUAGUAGUUUACCCAUGAGUGUAACACUAACAAUCAAGCGUAUUAUGAAAUUUUUUGGUAAAAGCUGUGAUAAUCAGACACCUUUUUUUUCUUUUUUUUUUAAUUCUCCAGUUGUUGUUCUGCUACUAUCAUGUCUUUUUUUUUAUGUUAUCUGUUUCAUUCCUAGAGCAGAGCGGGCAGCUAAUGUCUUUUAACUGGGGCAUUGAAGCUGCAGAACUAAGCAUUUAAAAAGAGACUUGAAAAGCUACCGCACUGAUGGCUUCAUCCCUGGACUGCUGUAAACCCUAAUUCUUGGGGGGGGGGGUGGUUUCUGCACUCUUAAAGGUAUUUCUCAGGAUUUUUAUUAGUCGAGAGUGAGAUGUGGACGGGGGUGAUUAGGCUUACACUUUAGUAAUUCUGUAUCUGCAAGCUCAUGACGGUUUUCUUUGCUAAAGUACACAAGGUUUGCCCACCCUCUUUGACCCACCAUGAUUCCUAUAGAUGAAUUUGAUAAGAAACGUAGCUUCUGUUCUCGCUUGUUAAUCCAAAGUGGCUUGAAUCAAAUUGGUUGACGGAGAGUUCUAUGUCAGAAUCAUUUCCAUGCUGUUUUGUCAACAACUGUACUUAAAAACUUGGAAAGUGAUAUAUGAUAUUGUUUGUCUGUAGAGGACAAGUUUUUUUGCUAACAAAAAAAAAAUAUGAACGAAUGGAGCUGGGUUUUUAUAUAUUAAAUAAACAUUGUUUUCCUA